GCUGCUGCGUGCGCUGUUGGUGCUCCUGCUGUGUGUGUGUGUUGUGGUGUGCGCGAUUCCCCCCCACCCCAACACAACCACCACCACGCCUGAAAUAUCCUGAAACAUCUGGAUUUCUAGCCCACCUCUGCAUGGUCCAAGGCACGCUCCAUGGCCCACCUGUUUGCAGAAGGCAGAAGGAGGAUUUGCAACAGCUGAUCCAGGGGAAUCCAUGCCGGUCCCAGGAGUGGUUCACCCUGAGCCACCCGACGGAGGCUGGGGGUGGAUGAUUGUGCUGGCCGCUUUCGUCCAGUCAGCCUUGGUCUUCGGCGUGAUCCGCUCCUUCGGAGUCUUCUUUGUGGAGUUCGUGACGUACUUUGACGAGUUGUCCGGACGCAUCUCCUGGAUCACUUCCAUUGGGAUCGCCGUGCAACAGUUUGCCAGUCCAGUGGGAAGCGCCCUGAGCUCUCGCUAUGGGGCUCGCCCGGUCAUCAUGGCCGGUGGGUUUUUCUCAUCCCUGGGGCUCCUCUUGGCGUCGUUUGCCACCUGUCUGGCCCACUUAUACCUCUGCAUCGGGCUUCUGUCAGGAUUCGGCUGGGCGUUGGUCUUCACCCCUUCGAUGGCCUCCGUGGCUCGUUACUUCGAGAAGCGCCGGACGCUGGCCACGAGCCUGGCCUUGACCGGUGUGGGCCUCUCUUCUUUUGCCUUCUCUCCGCUCUUCCAACUCCUGGUGGACAUCUAUGCCUGGCGCGGGGCCCUUAUGAUUGUGGCAGGGAUGUCCUUCAACCUGAUGGUCUGCGGGGCCCUGAUCCGGCCACUAACCCUGACGCAGGACCAGCCCCGCCCGGCAAGCGGAGACCCAGGAGGGCAGUGUUGGAAGAAGUUCUCCUCUCUCUUCGGCCUGCACCUCCUGUCUCACUGUCCGUUCAUGAGGUUCGUCCUUGCCGUGACCCUCAUCAACACGGGGUAUUUCAUCCCCUACAUCCACCUGGUGGCCCGGGCGAGAGAGCUGGGCUUCGACGAAUACCAGGCCGCUUUCCUGAUGUCGGUCGCGGCCGUGGCUGACCUGUGCGGCCGCCUCUUCUCCGGCUGGCUGGGGAACUGCCGAGCGUUUCGGCUGAUCCACAUCUUGGUGACUUGGACGUUCCUGACGGGCGUCUCCUUGCUGCUCAUCCCCUGGGGACGCAGUUACCCGCACCUGGUGACCAUCAGCCUGGGCUACGGCUUCUUCUCCGGAGCCCUCACGCCGGUGGUCUUCUCCAUCAUUCCUGAGAUCGUGGGCAUUGGGAACAUCUUCAGCUCCAUGGGGCUGCUACAGAUGAUCGAGAGCAUCGGGGGGCUGUUAGGGGCUCCCCUCUCCGGUUGCUUGAGGGACGCAACGGGUGACUACAUGGCCUCUUUCUUGGCUGCCGGUUCCUUCCUCUUGGCCGGGAGCCUCGUCCUGGUCACGGUGCCCGGCUUCUCCGCUUGCUUGGCCUCUCCCGCUUCGCAAGAACCCGACGCCAAGGCGGAGGCCGGGGAGGCCACUCCCUUGGCGUCGGCGCCUCUUCCCGGGGUCGUCCUCCCCUGCGACCUCUCCCACCACCCUUACAAGGCCGUGCCUGAGUCAGAGAAGUCACUAUCGGCAAGCUGAUAACCGUAUGGGAGCCUGGAGGAGCUCAAGAUACCCAGCGGAUCCUGAAUGGAGAGCAGAGAUAACCCUCGGGACUAGUGAAACGUGUGUGUGUGUGUGUGUGUGUGUAUCCCUGUGGGUCUUCAUUUCUCAAGAGAAGAGAAGGGGUUGGUCUACAUGUCUGUGCCUUAAUUGAUUCCACCUUUACUCUGACCACCCAAAAGGAUGGGCGUGCAUGAAAACAGGUGUAUUAUUAUUAUUUUGGGGUUCCAGUGUGGGAUGAGCUUUGCACCCCAGAGGAAUGUCUGCUGUAGCUCUGUUAUAACCCCGGUGUGUAAGGCCUGCCAGCAAUAAGGAGCUGGGUACUUUUUCCUCCAGUCUUUUAGAAUGGGGCUCCUUGUAUCUCAGUCACCCCCCUUCCUCUUGGAAAGGGGUGCAGGAUCCUCAGCUGCAGGCCAAAUCCAAGCCCCUGCAGGGAUCCCCCAAAGGUUUGGCUCCCUGUCGCGUAUUUACCAGAAAGGGAUAUUCCCUCCUCUCAUGCUGUACGUCUCACAUCUGGGUAAGUGGUGAAGCUGUUGCCCUGCUGAGUUUCACCUGCUUCAUGCCCCCAUGGGAAUGACUUCUCACCCAUCCAUUCUGCCUGGCGACAUCUUGUUUGAAACAUGGGCCAUGUACGUGGGAAAGCAGGCAGGAACUGCUUUUCCUGGGUGAUGCGCGUGCCCACAUCGCAGCAAGAGCACGAAGGCGCCCUUGUGGGCCACGCGCUCAGCAUCAGAAAGCAUCACUAGAUUCCAAUUGCUUUCUCUCCCAAGGGAAAUACAGGAAGGCAGUCAUCUAUCCAUGCACACACACACACAUGCUUUCUACCCCACCUCUGCCAUGCCCCAAAAUGCCUGUGAGAGCAAACUCUGGCUCUCUGAUGCAAUCACAGCCAGCGCAUCGGAGGAACUCUCCUUCAAAGUUACUGCUUCUCUAUCACCUCUCCAAUUCGUUAGAAUUCUCCAUCGCUACAGCGGACCGACGCGUUUCCUGCCCCAGAAGCAUUGCGCAAGUUGGCGUGAAAUUGUUUCAGUGUGCGACGAUACGAUUUUGCGAAUGUCCCCACCCCCCAUCCUUGCCCCCAAUUGUGUCUCAGCAGUAUGGUCCGACACACCCACAAACGAAGUCGUAACGGAGGUGAACGGGACUGGCGAUUUGUUGCACUACUUUAAUAUCCUUCCCUACCCACCCCGUACGCACACAGUAUUUUGACUUCACAAACCUUUAGGGGGAAGGACCCUCCUCUUUCCUUCUUAUAAACACGGGGUUCUAAAUCCCAUAACCCACUCAGCUUGCAAACAUUUGUAAAAAGGUGUGGAUUCCACCACCCUCACUUUAACAUCAUUGGCAUGAGAUUCCUGUGGUCUCCGUUCCGUUCUUCCCUUCCUUGUAAUUGUGGGAUCCAUUUCUUAACUUUGUACAAGGACUUAAAUCCUGUGUCCAUCGCCCUGCUGACCAGAAGGAAAAUUCAGCUGGAAGAAUAGAAGAGUCUUUUUC